AUGAUCGAAAAAAACAGACUCGAUCCCUUUGAUCCCCAUCACAGACCACGCGCAGUGAUGACUUCAAUAUUUGCUCCCACCCACUGCAAAGUCGAUUUGGAGAAGAUAGAUUACCUACCCCCCGCAACUGCCGCAUACUACUCCGACCUAUAUGGCGCAUACGGACUUCCAAACGGGUCGCUUCAAUCCAUCUCUUUCCAGACAUGCCCAGAGGCGCCAAGAGGCCAUCAUCUCCACUUUCCAGUUGUUCUCUUCUCGCCUGCUCUCGGCACGACGCGUCUAUUCUACAAUGCCAUUGCACAGGCUGUGGCCAGCGCCGGGUACAUCGUGGUGUCUAUCGACCACCCCUACGAUACUGAGUUCCUCGAGUUCCCGGACGGAAGCGUCGUGACUGCAGCAAACAUCAGUGAUGCGCAGGUUCCACUGGAUGUCGAGACCCGAGCGCGAGAUGUGUCCUUCGUGCUGGAUCAGUUGAGCACCAAGGCUGGGGUAGCUACUCUACUCCCUAGAACGGGUGCCGCGAGGUUGAGAACUCGGCAAGUCGCGAUGUACGGUCAUUCAGUUGGGGGUGCGGCCACUGCCGAGGCCAUGCAUUUGGACCAUCGGAUUGUCGCUGGAGCGAACCUGGACGGGUCUAUGUUUGGAUCAGUGGUUCAACAAGGGCUUCGGGGUCCAUUUCUUCUCUUCGGACAUGAAAACAAAACCAAGAUGACAGACCCAACGUGGAAGGAGUUUUGGCGCAAUCUGCGAGGAUGGAGAUUAGAGCUGGAACUGGCUAAGGCUCAACAUUACACAUUCUCCGACUUACCGUUCCUAUUGCAUCUCCUAGGUCUCCCUAUUCAAAAGGUUCCAGCCAUCCAAACGAUGGUUGGAGCGUUGGAUGGGCUCAAAGCAUUUGAAAUUGUUCACCGAACCAUCGUCGCCUUUUUGGGGUUUGGGCUUCGCCAAACUUCACCUACUCCAAUUCAGGAGAUCAUUUCACAGUAUUCGGAUGUAUCGGUCGUUGCGCGGUAA